AAUACUCACUUUCUGCAUUCAACAAAAUUUUUCUACCUUAAAAUUUUUCUAGUUUUUCUACCUUCAAAAUUCGUGGGUCUUAUUCCGCUGGUGGUUGUAGUGGUGAAACGCUUGUAUCUCCAGAGUGUUGGUACUGGUGGUAGCGAAACAUUUCUUCCACCGUCAUUUCUUACCUUGUUGGUGUUAACAAAACAUUGUAUUAAUGGCAUCUUCUUCAUCAUCUUCAUCAAAUAUAAAAAUUAAAUCUGGUUCAAUUGAUGGUAACGCGUUAUGGAUGCAAAAUAAGCAUGUUUCACAAUAUAUUUGGAAUGGGGAAGAAGAUAGAAAAUUACACAUUAGACGAGUUGUCCCCAUAUAUCAGGGUCAAGAACAAAUACCAGAAGGAAUUAUUUCUCUACUCCGUCAAUCUGGUUUUUAUUGGAUUAUGAAAAUGGGAUAUUUAAAAAUAAAUGCGACAUUAAUUAGUGCCUUGAUAGAAAGAUGGAGACCGGAAACACAUACUUUUCAUCUGAGAUGCGGAGAAUGCACUAUUACUCUUCAAGAUGUCUCUAUUUUAUUAGGUCUCUGUGUUGAUGGAACACCAGUAAUUGGUCCAACAAAUCUUAAUUGGGCUGAUUUAUGUGAAAAAUUACUAGGAGUCAGACCACAGGAAGGCGAACUUCAAGGCAGUGUGGUUAAACUAAGUUGGUUGGCUCAACAUUUUUCACAAUUAAACAACCAUGACGGUGACGUACAACAACUGCAAAGGUUUACCCGUGCAUGGAUCCUUAGAUUCAUAGGAGGUGUCCUAUUUGUUGAUAAAAGCAGUAACAAAGUUUCCCUAAGAUACCUACAAUUUUUACGUGACUUUAGAGAGUGCAGCAUAUAUGCAUGGGGAUCUGCCGUUCUUGCUUAUUUAUAUAGAGAGAUGUGCAGUGCCACCGAUUAUAAAACUAAAUCAAUUGGAGGUAUGUGCAUCUUAAUACAAAUGUGGGCGUGGGAACGAUGUAUAACUUUGGCUCCAAAGAGGACUCCUCCCCCAGUCGAAAAUAAACCACUCGGGCACAGGGUAGUCGUUUAAAAAAUUAGAUUUAAGUUCAAAAUAGAUAAUAAUGUAAUGUAUAUUAAUUUAUAAUUUUUUUAAGGUGACUACGACAUGGAAAUCAACAUAUUGGCAAUGAAGAUUUGAUAGUUUUUCGUCGCAAAUUAGAUAUCAUGAAACGACAUGAGUUUGUGUGGGAGCCUUACACAACAAAUGUUAUGUCACUGUUGCCCCCAAUUUGUUUAGUUGGAGAUGUAACGUGGUGUGCGGUGGUGCCACUAAUUUGUUUUCAAGUUAUUGAGUGGCACCAACCUGAUAGAGUGUUGAGACAAUUUGGGAUGCAACAACUAAUUCCAUUGUGUCCUUCGCAACCCUCUAAUAUUCAUGACAUUUCAUUGAAAGGAAAACAUGAUGAAAAUUGGGAGCAACUGUUAGGCCCAAUAAUCAGUCAAUGGAACAAUCGGGUUGAUUUUAGGGUAGAUGGUUAUCCUCGACAAGAAGGUCCACUGAGCUUUAACUCCGAUUAUAUGGUGUGGUAUAGGCGAAAAACGAAGAUGUUUGUUGACCCUAAGAAUGCAAAGACAGCUACAUUGGCUGAAGUUGCAGAGGGCAUUGCAGUACAUGGUGUCUCCACAAGGGAGAAAUACAUGGACAGUGGAUGAUCUAGUGCCGUAUGUGGAGAAAUUAACCAUUUUAUCUGAAGAGCAAGAGAGAAUCAUUGAACCUGUGUCACAUGGUCCAUUUACUCAGUAUCCGGCACAGAUGUAUCAUUAUCGAUCCGAAGGUCAUCAAAGUGAUACUUCUGCAAGCGAACAUUCAUUAGGUGGUGUUACGAAAACAUAUCCCAAUUUUUCAUGGCCUACUAUGACCCCUUCACAACAACAUGAUGCUCCAAGUCCUGAGGCUGACCAAGUUGAAGAGGGGAGAUAUCAUGGUAGAAGAAAUUCUGAUAAACAAGCACGAAUAUGGGAACACUCAUGCGGCACAUCCUCACAUCAUCACGGACAUCAUGACGAUUGAUUUUCAUAUUACUAUUUAAAUAUUUUAUUGUGUGUUUUUAAUUUAAAUUUUAGAUUUCUAUUAUCGUUUAUGUUAUGAAUAUUUAGUAAUGGAUGUAGUUUAUGUCGCGCACAAAAAUAUAAUAAUAAAUAAUUAUAAAAACAAACUGAUCAUGGAUA